AUGUCGACAUCUGAUCAUCCAGAGUCAGAUGGUCAGACGGAACGAGCCAAUCGUGUCCUUGAAGAGAUACUUCGAGGAUACGUACACUCCUUUACGAUUUGGAGUGAGUUUUUGCCAAUGGUAGAGUUUGCCAUCAACAACUCGGUGCAUGCGUCCACGACACAUACACCGUUUUACGUGAAUGGCUUGCGCAAUCCGCGUGUACCCACCUUACUAGAGUGUAACUUUGGUUUAAGGGGGGGGGACUCGCGCGAGCAAAAACCGAAUUGUACACGCUCAUCACGCUCUGACGAAGAAGUCAUUGCGUUUGAUGCCGAUAUCGAUAACAUCGAUAUCGAAGAAGAUGAUGCCAGUGAGAGUGCGGAAGCCUUCACUGAAGAAGAUGAUCCCAGUGAGAGUGCGGAAGCCCUCACUGAAGAAAAGGUUGAUGUUGCUGCAGUGCGCUUACAGCGCACUGAAGCUAACGAGUCAUCAGAUGAGUUCAUAUACUGGCUCGUAAAACGGUAG